GAGAGUCGGGGAGUGAGUGAAUCAGAGAAAAAACUGUGGCAUUCCGUCGAUAAAAAGUGACAAGUGCGCGCCGGGAAGACGUGACAAGUGGAAGUUUUUUCCUAUGUUUAUUUAUACACGUACGGGUGUGCGUUGUCGUUUAUUACUGUUGCGAUAAUUCUUCUUUAUUCUUCGCCUCACCCUUAAUACAAAGUCGCGAAACGAAAGAAAUGUCUGAUAAUGCAGUGAAGGAAAAAUUUUGUAAGUUUAAUACGGAAGAUGUUGUCGCAAUGUUGUUAAAGAACGGCUUGGACCAUUGUUGCGAGGAUAUUGUGAACGCAAGGAUCGAUGGUGAAAAAUUAUUGCUCUUGACGGGUAAAAGUAACUGGUGGACGGUCGGAUUGGAACCAUCUGUGCACAAGGAUUUGUGCGAAUUUGUUGAGAAUCUGAUCAGUAACCCAACGGAUUAUCUAACCGAUCUCCGAGUUUCCGACGAAGAAUUCUCACCGUCAAACGACGAGGAUUACUCAAGCGAUAAUGAAUUCUGGGGAUCGGAUUUUGAGGAUGAAGGACCGCGAUCACUGACAUCAGUCGAUGAUUCGUACUCGUCUAACGGAAAAGAGCCGAUCGAACAGUUGGAAAUAUACUCAAACGGCGAGUCGUGGAAGGAAAACAAAGCCAGGAGAGAGGAGAUUUCGCCGGAAGCGGAAAUCGAAUCUGAAGAAGAUAUGUACAUGAACAAAUCAGAAACGGGCUAUUCGCCCGGUAAAAUAAACGGGGUGAGCAUAGUCGAGCAGAGAAAAAUCCAAUUGGCGCAGCGAAAUAGCGACGAGAAGCCGAAGAUCGGUCCGAAACCGAUGGUUCAGAUUCCGAACGGGUGGAACGCAAAGAUGGCGUCGCGUAAAGCGAAGGAGCUGAUGGAGUCACCCGCCACGAAAGUUAACUCGCCUACGAAAUUCCCGGCAAAAGAAAGUCUCGCGGCGAAUUAUGAACUCCAGAGAAAAUUGUCCGCCGGUUUAAACGGUUUGGGGAUAAAAACAUCGCCGACAGAAUCACCGAUUGGUUCAGUCACCGCCUUUCCGAGCAUUAAGGGAGCGCGGGAAAAGCUUUCGAGGGAUCUAGCGUCCGCGCAUGCGCAGAAAGCGAUGCCGAAACCGCCGGCGCCUGCGCCUGCGCCUGCGCCGCCUGAUAAACUCCAAAUCGCUAAAUCUGCGCUCCCUCUACCGAAGCCACCGGACAACUCGAGGAUUGGCGCUUCGCCCCUUGCAUCGUCGAGAUCGGCCGAUGACAGUGACGACGAUAUGUAUGAACCGAUUGACGAACGGCCACCGGGUGCUUUGAGUAUUGGAGAGCUUAAUAAUGGCAGCACGGAAUCCAUGGCGAGCGGAAGUAUCCACGGAAGUUCAGUUGGAAGCAUCUAUCAUGAAGCGAGCGACAGCGAUACCGAAGGGAAUUACGAAACACCGAAUCAACCUAUUCCGGAAAGACUGCCCGUUUAUUUCCCGAAUAAGAAAGUGAUCUCGCAAAUGAACAGUUUACCACAUGGAAGAGAUCGGCCACUCCACACACCGGGUGAAGAUGGAUAUGAGCCACCGAUUCCGAAGAGAACAUCCACCCUGCCUAGAACCUUACCAGCUACACCAUCGUCGAGGACCGGUAUAAAAAAACCAUUACAGCCUGGAACUUCGUUGACUUAUCCGAAGCCCAGCCAUUCGUUGAUUUCAGAACUAUCAAACAGGCCUUUGCCAUCUCCGCCGAACCGGAACAGGCCUUACAGGCUGGCGGAUGUGACCGGAAGUGGCUCUCAGCCGUUCACGGAAAAGCCGUGGUUCCACAACGUGAGAAGAGAGCAAGCCGCAGCCUUGGUCAAAGAAGGACCUCGAAUCGGGGCUAUUUCACGGGCGUUUGCAGCUGCGGCGGAUAUUUCGACAACGAAUUCAACGGUCGAAGGAUGCUUUCUCGUAAGACCAUCGAGCACAUAUCCCGAUCGGCCUUUCACUCUUGUGCUCUGGGCAAUCGGUAGACCCUACAACAUUGCGAUACGAAUAAAAACCGACGGCACAUACGCACUGGGAGAACCGAAAUCGGGAGAAAUUACUUUCGGGACGAUCGACGCCCUCGUUGAUUACUAUCAGAAGAACGAUCUUGUGCUGAAAAGCAAAGGUGUCCAAACCGGAACAACUCGGCUGACGCAAACGCCGCAGAAGAAGAACGAUUGGACUGAUUGAUUGGACGACGUUUAAGUUUAACGUGUAAAAAAAUUAAAGCUCCGAAGCUUUGAAAUUGUAUAA